UCUGAAACAUACAUACAGGUAGCUUUGCUUUCCUGUUUUCAUAUGGAAACGCCUGCCUUAUAACUGGGCAAGUAGACCCGCCCUGAGUGCCGCCCGCGCCGCCCUGGCUUAGCUGUAUCAUAAGAUUUGAAUUGAAAUGUAAAAGCGCAAAGCGAUUCAACGUCCUACACUAAAACGCAGCUCUGCUGCGUGGUCGCGGGUCUGGGUCGCGGUGACCGCCGCUUGCCUUAGGCAGAGCUUGCUGGACCUUGCGGGGUACAUCCACGAUAAACUCAGAGGCUGCAAUUUGAGACAGCUGACGGAGUACAGCCGUAACUGCAGCAAUGGACUCGACCGGCCAGCCUCAACUAGGGUCGCUGUCCUCCUUCGACCCGGUGCCGCUGCCCGAGCGGCGCAGCUUGCUGACUGUAAAUGGCGCAGACAUGUCGUCGUCUCCCGGCAGGUCAAGCCGCUGGCGAACGCAGGGGUCAGCGGCGAUAAUUGCGCCAGAGCCGCCAAGGGACAGCCCGCCAGCCCUGCCGUCGCCCCGACAAGUCUCCCAGCUCCCGGGGCCUCCCGCCGGUCGCUUUCCGCCCAUUUACCGGACAUCUCUGCCCGGGUUUCCGGGAAGCGGCGCCAGCAGCUGCGGUAACGCGAGCAAUGGGGCGCUCUCCCUGUUGGUUCGGUCGGCCACCGAUGAGGGCACUGCCGUUGGCCGGGCAUCGGACGAGAAGUCGCUGUUGCGCCUGGCGGUCUCGCGUGCGCAGGGCGGCGGCGCCAACCACCCUGGCGCGCCUUCUGCAGCCGCCCGCCAGCGGUCAUCGGGGCCCGGGUCGGUGUUUAGCGAUGAGGAUACGACGCCACACGCGUCGGACGGCACCUUGCCUGUGGACCCGGUAGCUGCGAUCCUGGAGGCGCAGCUUGAGCAGUAUUUGGUGGCGCAAGCCAGGAAGUCCCCAUACGGCAGCCCGUCACAACGCCGCUAUGUGGAGCAGGAGCGCGAAGCCCUUGGCGAGCAGGCUAGUCCAGGGCCAGACGCUACGGAGGUGCCAGGACCGCAAGUCGGUGACAUGGCACGGGCGCAGUCGGGGCCGUUGCUCCCGUCCAUACUGUCCAUCUCAUCACCAACACUGGCAGCGCGGAAAGAUUGUGAACUGGCACCUCCAUCACGACUGGACAUUGCGGAGCCAGAAGAUGAGGAAGCGCGCAGCUCGCCAGGCAGCCGCGCUGCAGGGCACGAGAGCGACACAGAGGUGGAGCAUAGGCGGCAGCGGCAGGACCCCACUGUGGCGAUGGGCCAACCCCACGCCGUGCUGCUGACCGUGGCGCGCUGGCCGCACUCUCCCUCUCUGGGGUCCAACUCCACCCGGGUAUUGCACCGGCUGAGCUACAAUGGGCAUUAUGCAGGCGCGGUGGUGCCGGCGGCUCCAGUAGCCAAUACUGGUGGUGGGAGCGCGGGUGGCUGCGCUGUGGGCAGUUUAGCUGGCGGCGCGGAAGUAGGGAGCCCGCGGCUCAGCCUUGUAGGCAGUGGCGGCGCAGGCCCAGGCAGCCCGUUGGGUGGAUGUGGCACCAGCUUCCCACGCCACCGUCUUCUCGCCACCCACCAAUCCGUUGACGGCACGCCAAGCCUUCUUCACAAGCCGCUGCAGCAGCUGGAUGGUCUGCCGUACAUCAACCCCAACCACUCGGAAUGGAAGGAGCGGCGACAGGAGCUGAAGAGGCGGCUGCUGUCAAUGCCGCGCGUGCAGCACGUGGAAGCCCUGCGUGACCCACAGCUACCCUUCCUGGCGCGCGUGCCGGACUGGAACCAGAUCUAAGAGGAUGGCGCAUGCUUUGUUGAUUGUGGAGGCGCCGAUGCAGUUGGCAUUGAAGAGAAACCAUGGGCAUUGCACUAUAUUGCACGCCAUCACAUGAAGUACGCCGCUGGAAAGUGGCAGUAAAUGGGUGAUCCCGCGCGGCUACUAUGUGCAGUAGGCCAGUGGCGUGAUUGACAGAUUGACGUUUGCGUCUGACUUGUCCUGUGUUUGCUUGGCCGGCUUUGGUUCUGAUCACAUGAGGCAGAGAUGACAUGGAUUUUGCACCGCACCAACAACCAACACGACCCCAUGCGCGCGGGGACAUGGGUGCAACCCGAUUUUAGCACAGUUUGUUGCCAUGACCAGCCGAAACGCGCUGAAUCAUAGUGCUAUCAGGCUGGGGACCAUGCAUCCGAUUAGUACACGUUGCCUUCCUAGGCGAUGGUGUACAUACUGAGCAAGCUUAUGAGCUGGUGCGCCUGCCGACAUACUGAGGUGUGUUCUCCAGCUGUAUGGCUCUUCCGGCUGUACGCGGUUCAUGUGGAGACGUGCAGGCUGCAGAGAAGUGGCUUAACGGCCUUGGGUGGCUACAUGAUACGGCUGUUGUUUGACUCUGCAAUCUGCAUAUGUGUCUUGCCGCGUCUCCAUCCCCGCGGGUUGUGCAUGCUGUGUGCGCCGAGGUGUGGAGUUAACUGUGAGGCGUGUGAGCUUCUGUUUGUGAUGUGUGUCAAUAAUGUGUGUCGGCAGUCCAGGGUUUGGUUGUGUGCUCUCUGUUGAAAGGUUUGUGUACCGGCAUUGCUGUACAUGCCGAGGCCAGUUGACUAGGGAGGCUAGCGGCCAUGGCUCGCUAGUUGAGUUGCCGCUAGCAUCAAGCUGAACAGACUGACCACCAGUCUGUGACAUCUCCAACUCAGUACC